AUGUUCCGCCUCUCCCAUCUUCUAACUGUACUAGUUUUCCUGUGUUUGAAGUCACCUGCGGAUGGGUACUUUGCAGAAGAAGGUGCAGGAAGUGUGAAAAUGAGGUGCUUGGAGAAGGAGAGAGAUGCACUCCUGAGUUUUAAGAAAGGGGUUGAAGAUGAUUAUGGCCUCCUUUCUUCUUGGGGGAGUGAAAAAGAUAAAGAGGAGUGCUGCAAAUGGAGAGGGGUGAAAUGCAGCAACCAAACUGGCCAUAUUAUUGGUCUUGACCUCCCUCGCGUUGGUGAAAUCGCUUAUCAGCCCUUGAGAGGGAAGCUCACUCCUGCAUUACUGGAACUGAAGCAUUUGAGUUACUUGAACCUCCAGGAUAAUGAGUUUAUGGGAACUCAGAUACCCGAGUUUAUGGGCUCGCUAAGCAAUUUAGAGUAUCUGAAUCUUGCAGCCGCUGGCUUUGUUGGGGAAGCUCCUGAGCAGCUUGGGAACCUCUCCAAGUUGAGAACUCUGGAUAUCAGUCGUAACUAUGCCCUGAGUCUCAAUAGUCUCACCUGGAUAACCCAUCUUUCUUCUCUAACACACUUGUACUUGAGCCAUGUUGACCUUAGCAGUGCAACAGAUUGGCUACAAGCAGUGGCCAAACUUCCUACCCUUGUUGAAUUGCAUUUGGCAGGGUGUAACCUCCCCCCCGGCCACGGCCACGGGACACUUCCAAUCAAUUCUUCUUCAAAGUUGUCACUUUCUGUCAUUGAUCUGUCUGGAAAUUCUCUAAAACACUCUUCCAGGUAUAGUUGGUUGUUUAACUUGAGCUCCAGCCUCAGUGAUGUUGACCUCUCACAGAAUGAGUUGCAAGGUACUAUUACUGAUGCUUUUGGAAAUCUGAUAUCCUUAACUCAUCUCAAUCUUUCUUUGAAUCAUCUUGAAGGUGGGGUUCCAAGUUCUUUUGGCAAUCUAAGUAAUUUGCAGUUAUUAGAUCUUUCAUUUAACAGCUUAAAUGCAGAGCUUGAUUACUUGUUCCACAACUUGUCUGGGCGUUUGGAGAAGCGGCUACAAACCUUGAUUCUAUCAGGUAACAAACUUGGUGGUUCUUUGCCUGAUGUGAAAACAUUUUCAUCCUUGCACAUUUUGCUUCUCAAUGGAAAUCUGUUAAGCAACUUCAUCCACAAAAGUUUUGGUCAGCAUCCUAGCAUUGAGGUACUAAAUUUAUCAGGAAAUCAGCUGGUGGGAUCUUUACCAGACUUUAAUCCGUCAACACUACCCCUGAGCCUGAGGGAAUUGUAUGUGCACCACAACCACCUAAAUGGAACACUAACAAAAACCAUUAACAACCUUCCCAAACUUGAGGUUUUAGAUCUUUCUUUCAAUUCUUUACAAGGUGUAGUUUCUGAUCCCCAUCUGCACAAUCUCUCCCUGCUAUGGCACUUAGACCUGUCCUACAACUCACUUGUGCUGAAUAUGAGCGCCGAUUGGGUUCCUCCAUUUCAGUUGGAUGUUUUUCGGUUAGCUAAUUGUAAACUGGGAUCUCCAUUUCCUAGAUGGAUUCGCACUCAAACCCAUUUAUCUGAGCUUGAUAUAUCUGGAACUGGGAUUUCAGAUUCUGUCCCUGGUUGGUUCUGGGAUGUGGCUGCAGGUACAGUGGAGUUCUUGAAUCUCUCUUCUAACCAAAUGCAUGGUUUCCUCCCUGAUUUGUCCUCAAAAUUUGGUGAAUAUCCCCAGUUGGAUUUCAGCUCAAAUAAUUUCUCAGGCCCCAUACCACAAUUUCCUCCAAAUCUAACUUCUCUCAAUCUCUCCAAGAAUAAGUUUUGGGGGUCAAUAUCUUUCAUUUGUAACAACUCUGACUCCUUGAGUGAUCUUGAUCUCUCAAAUAACCACUUAUCUGGUAAGCUCCCUGAUUGUUGGGCCAAUUUGGACCAACUUGCCAUUCUAAAUUUGGCUAAUAACAAUUUUUCUGGGAACAUCCCCAACUCGAUUGGAUCGUUAUAUCAGAUCCAGGCAUUACACUUAAGAAACAAUAAAUUUAUUGGGGAGCUUCCUGGAUCCUUGAACCAGUGCACCGAGUUGAGAAUCAUCGAUGUGGGGAAGAACAAAUUGUCUGGUAGAAUCCCAGAAUGGAUAGGGGAGAAUCUGGUGAAUUUGAUUGUUCUUAGUCUCAGGUCUAAUGAGCUAAAUGGAAGAAUACCAUUACAGCUGUGCCACUUAAGCCUCAUACAAAUCUUGGACCUCUCUGUGAACAAAAUCUCGGGUUCUAUACCAACAUGCCUCAAGAAUUUCACUGCCAUGAGCAAUGAAACCAGUUCAGUUAAGACCAUAACACUUUCAUAUUACAAUGCUAAAGGCAGCAAAAGUUUCGAGGAUGCUUCUUAUGCGGAUAGUGCAUUGCUGGUGUGGAAAGGAAGGGAAUACGAAUACAGCAACACUCUUGGAUUGGUUAAGAGCAUUGAUCUGUCAAGUAACAGAUUAUCUGGAGAAAUCCCGGAAGAUAUCACGUUCCUUGUUGGUUUAAUUGCUCUCAAUCUUUCAAGAAACCAAUUGACUGGAAGAAUACCUCUGAAGAUUGGGAAGUUAAGGUUGUUGAAUUUCCUAGAUUUGUCCAGAAACAAGCUUUUUGGUAGGAUCCCACAGAGUCUUUCAGAGCUGAGCUACAUUGGUGUGUUGGACUUGUCAAACAACAACUUCUCCGGCAAAAUCCCAUUGAGUACUCAGUUGCAGAGCUUCAACGCCUCGUCGUACACGGGGAACGUUGGACUCUGUGGACUUCCCCUGCCAAAGCUCUGCCCGGAAGAUCAAAAGCAUCCUCUUCCUGCUGCUGAAAACGAUGAAUUCCAAGAUGGGGAAAGAUUAUUAAGGCAGCCCGGGCUCUAUGCUAGUGCUGCGGUUGGCUUUGUUGUUGGUUUUUGGGGUCUCAUCAUAUGGCCUAUAUUCCUCAAAACUACAUGGACUCUUGCUUAUCUCUCAUUCUUGGACAGAACAGGACAACGUUUGGGUGUAACUAUUGCACUGAUGAUGGCCAAGUUGAAGAGUCUACUGCAAGGUUGA